ACUCGUUUCCAUCUUCUGAGAAAUUUGUUGAUUCCGUCUGUAUCCUCUGCUUCCCCUACAAAGAUCAUGGAGAAGGAGAAAUCAGACAACUCUGAGAUGUUCCAGGGUAAUGCAGAAAAGAAACCGGCUUGGAACAGGCUCUCUAAUGGAGAUUCUGGGAUCACGCCAGUCAUGGUAGCUUCGUCAUCGUGGCCAUUGCUUUCCGAGGCUGCCAAAGCAGCUUCUUGUUCAUCCUCUGAUUCCUUAAAAAGUCUUUGCUGCGAUGGAUCUUCAUCAUCGGUCUCUUCGUUCUCCCAGCGACGUAGUAUACUUGCCGAACUAGAACCAACGGAACAAACAUUAACUGAUGCGAUUAGCAACAUUAACCAACGAGCGGUUGCUCAAGCUUCAGGUUGUCCUUUACCAUACACUUCUCCUAGCAGUCAUAACCAAAGGAACAUGUUUGCAUCACAGUCCCAUGUCCGUGCCCAAAACCAACAUCAACAGAAUUCAUACAACAACCAAAAUGUUAGCUAUCAUCCUCAUCAAAGUCACCGAGGUGGACACAAUCAGGAACAUGUGAAUCUUCCAAGAAACUUUAAUGGUCUAGGCGGAUUUGUAAGACCAUCACCACCACUACUUGUGCCAUCAAUCUAUGCUCAACAUAUGCCACCUCAACCAUUUUAUUAUCCUCUAGAUUUUACUGGCUUUCCACCACAGAUGAUGUAUCAUCCUCAUCACAUGCCCUUCAUGGAGCCUCCUCCUGUCUUGUUUCCACGUCAAAAUCCAAACCGCCGCAUGCCCUCCAUGGAGCCUCCUCCUGUCUUGGUCUCAUCUCAAAAACCUUCCUUAAAAACCAAGACAUUGAAUCAAGUUCAAAAAGCUCCCCCUAAAACAAAGAUAGCGAAUCAAGUUCAAAAAGCUCCCCUUAAAACCAAGAUACUAAAUCAAGUUCAAUAUUAUUUGAGCGAGGAUAAUUUACCGAACGACGUAUAUCUUCGCAUGCGCAUGAAUGAUGAAGGCUUUGUUCAUAUAGAGUUCAUUGCUGGUUUCAAUAAGCUUAAAGCACUGACAAGUAAUAUCCAGCUUAUAUUGGAUUCUCUACAAGGUUCUGAUAUGGUUGAAGUGCAGGGCUAUGAAAUAAGAAAUGGACGUGUCUGGAGAAAAUACGUAAUGCCUCACGACUGGCGGGUUACAUUUUAUCCGAGCCAAGAAUAUGUAAUGGCUAACAACCAUCAACACAUGCAGCUUGAGCAAAAACCAGAAGUGGGAUGCAAGUUCAAGCAAUCAAAAUGAUGAUAACAAUAAUAAUAAUUUGGUUGUAUAACGUCUUCAAAUCAAAGCUGAAGGAGUUUGCUUCUGCAUAUAGAGGAUUGUGGUACAUUUAUUUGAAGCUACCAUCAUUUGGAAUUAAAUUAACAUCGCAUCUUAAACAAACAAAAAACACUGAAAAAGGAGUGUAGGGGAAACUUAAAGUUUGCUAUGAUAACACUCUAAUAUGCACAUUUUUCAGGUUUUACAUAAAUUAGGAUUAACAGUAGUCGACAUUUUUGGUUAUUGAGGAUGAUUUCAUAUAUUAGUCUGAUUUAGUUUUA